AUGACUCGCAAGGCUGGGCCACCAGACAGCCUGCUGCCUGCAAAAUGCACUCACGCACAAAGGCCGUCCCGCCCCUCGCGCACCACCAUAAAAGCCGGACCAGCGCCUCUCUCCCACACACUCUUCUCUGCACACCUUUUCCUCCACGCUCAACAAGGCACCCUCCACUCCACAACCAUGGCCUGCUACGACCUCUGCAGCCCCUGCGCACCCGCCCCGCUGGCCAACAGCUGCAACGAGCCCUGCGUAAGGAAGUGCCAGGACUCCACCGUCGUCAUCCAGCCUUCCACCGUGCAGGUCACCCUGCCAGGACCCAUCCUCACCUCCUUCCCCCAGAGCACUGUGGUCGGAUCCUCCGCAUCGGCUGCCGUGGGCAGCGAACUCAGCUACCAGGGAGUGCCCGUCGCCAAUGGGGCCUUCGGCUAUGGCUACGGCUACGGCUUGGGAGGCCUGGGCUGCUAUGGUGGCAGAGGUCUGGGCUGGUUCGGUGGCAGGAGAGGCUGCAACACCUGCUAAGGCCUCUUACCAACACCUCUGACACCGACCACCCACACCCUGGGAGCCACACCAUGCCUUGACCAUGCACCUCCUUGAACCUCAGACUGGCUCCCUUCCACCUGCCGCUUCUGCCUUCUCCAUUUCCGCCCCCAUCUAAUAAAGUUUUCCUGCAUCCCAGCCUGAAAAGCCUCCUCUGCUUUCUUCUCCCAAGGUUCUUCCAAGCCCACCCAGCACAAAGACAGGCCUACCGUGGCCAUUGCACUGGGUGCAAAGAGGUUACAAGCUCCUCCUAGGCUCUACGGCCCCAGACACAACAACAACACAGGGACACUUCCACAACACCACACAAGCCCUUCACUCGCCCAGACACAGCUUGCCCAUGCUAAGGCAACACUCUCCAGACCUCUGAUGACAGCUCCCCACCAAAGCACACACUUGACUCUCUUCCCCAGCAUCACUCUAUGGCCACCACAGCAAACACAUCACAGAAUCACAGAAUGCUUGCGUUGGAAGAGAUCUUUGCACAUCACCCAGUCCAACCCUCCUGCUGAAGCACACUCAUCUCCAGCAGCUUGCACAGCAUGUGUCCAGAUGGCAUGUGAAUGUCUCCAGAGAAGGAGACUCUACUCCCUCCCCACGCAGCCUCUUUUAGUGCACUGACACUCUCACAAGAAAAGCUUUUCGACGUCUUCACGUGGAACUUCCCGAGUUCCAGUUUGUACCCGUUGCCUCUUGUCCUGUCGUUGGGCACCACUGAAAAUGCUCUGGCCCCAUCCUCUUGGCCUCUGCCCUGGGGAUAUUGAGAAGCAUUGAUAUGAGCCCCUCGUCCUUCUCUUCUCCAGCAGAAACACACCCAGGUCUCUCAGCCCCUCCUCAGAAGAGAGAAACUCCAGUCCCCUCAUCUCCUUGGCCUCUGCUGCCGUUUCUCCAGUGCUUCCUUUUCUUUCCAGAGCUGGGCAGCCCAGAACCGGAUACAAGACUCCAGAUGCAGCCUCACUACGGCACAGGAGACGGGGAGGAGAAUCUCCCCUGACUGACCUGCUUGCUACGCUCUUCUUCAUGCACCCCACCAUACCAGUGGUCUUCUUGGACACAAGGGCACGUUGCUCACUCAUUCUUUACUUUCUCAGCCACCGGCACACACACGUCCUUCUCCACAGGACAACUCACAAUCCAUUCAACAAUGAGCCCGGAUCCUCCUCUAGCACUUCCUCAAUCCAGGUGAAAGACUUGACACUUGAUCUUGUGGAAUUUUGUGACGUACGCGGGCCCGUGUCCCUAUCCUGUCAAUACUCCUCGCGUAGGCAGACCUUUCCUCUUGGGUAUCCAUCACACCACUCAGCUUGGUGUCAUCUGCAAACUGGCUAAGGGUGCACUCGAGCCCGCUCUCCACGUCCCUGACAAAGACCGUCAAUAAUCCUCGUCCCACUACGCACACCAGAUGGACACACCACAUUACUGGUUUCCUCCUGGGGAGCGAGACAUUGACCGCAAUAACCUGACUGGAACAAUCCUCCAUCUUCCUUAG